AACGGCACCUUAUCGUAAUUUUGUGUGUAAUGUAUAAUUUGGAUUUCUUUUCCGAAAUCGUCCGGUCGAGUAUUUUCAUAGAAUAUUAUACAAUAUGUCACGGCUAUCAAUAUGGGCCAUCGCUUUCUUAAUGUCUGCAUUGCACAUCGUUCUAGUGCAUUCGUUCGAAGGUACGCCAAGUCUCAAUGUCGGUGAUCAUAUUAUCACGGAGGAGUAUGUCGACGAUCUCAUACCCGAUGUUUGGGUGUCCGAUAUGUUUUACCGGGCACUGGCCAACUUCACCUUACGACGAGCGCCCGACACAGAUUGUCGCCGCCAAUCCGCCGUGUACGAGACACAUUUACGCAAUCACACCAGUUGGGCCGUCAGAAUGCGAGAAUCCUGGAACCGAUAUCCAGUCGGCAUACUUGUAGGCAACACAUAUCAAAUGGGUGACUACGACGAAUGUGUUGAGUUAGGAGUACGUUAUCCAGUGAAAGGACAGUACUGUUUGCCCGAAAUAAAACUUAUUCCACCGACAGGCAGAAAUUACAGCUUCGAGAGAACGGAAGAUUUAGACGAUUUCGGUAUCAACCAUGCUUGGAAAACCGUUCUAGGAUGGGGUGAUUAUGAGGAUCAAAUACAACGAAACGUUUUGAAAUUGGGAAUGUGCAUACCAGACGCUUGUUCGGCAUUAGAUUUACAGACAUCACUACAAAGUGAAUUUGAUGAGGUGUUUCACCACGAACAUUUCAAAACUAUUGUCAAAGUAGAUCCGAUAAUGUGUAGGGUCCGUGAAGAUAUGUUUCCGUACGACACAUCGUAUUAUGUUACCAUGUUGAUAUUUUCACUACUCGUUGUGAUUUGUUGUGGUGUCACGCUGCAUCAUUUUAUAAGAAUAUCGUACCAACAAAAUAAAAACGAAAACGAUGAAGUUCCUAAUUCAUUUUUCUACGAUUUUUCAUUGAUUGUAUCAAUCAAAUCAUUGUUGAAAUUCGACAAAGAUAAUGAAUUAAAUUUUUUUUAUACCACCAAAUUAAUAACGAUGCUCUCAAUUAUGUAUGGACAUAAAUAUUUUAUUUUGUUGUCAAGUCCUAUUAGUAACUCCAAGUUCUUGGAAAAAGUAUACCUCAACGGUCCAGCUAUAAUUUUGACCAGUUUAAACGCCGUUGAUCCAUUUUUCUUCAUAAGCGGUUUUAUCAUGUACAUUAACCUUUCUCGAGAAUUUCGAAAAACAAAGGACGAAUCGGUUUGGAAGACACUUCUAAUGCCAAUCAUUCAGCGAAUUCUCAGAUUAUUACCGGCUUAUUGCGUGGUAAUGGCAAUAACGGCACAUAUAAUACCUCACCUCGGAGAUGGCCCUCUGUGGCCGUUAAAGUCCUGGGAGGAAGCAGAAAUAUGUAAAAACUAUUGGUGGACGAACCUGUUAUUCAUAAGCAAUUUUGUUGACGUCAAAUAUCAAUGUCUAUAUAUGAGUUGGUACCUGUCUUGUGAUAUGCAGUUUUUUAUAAUCGGAGUUAUCGUCGUCUACAUUUUAACGAAGAAUCAAAAAAAGGGAAUCAUAUUGCUUGGCACUAUACUUGGUCUGUCGAUAUCCGUGCCAUUCAUAAUCACGCUUUUGACAGGACGAGAUGGAAUAGAUAAAUUUCCAGUACAAUACGUACUGUACCUUAGAAAUAUUCUGUCGUUAAACGAGUCGUACCGACCAAGUUAUAUGCGGGCAACACCAUUCUUCAGUGGCUUAGCUAUGAGCAUAGUAGUCGAAAAAUUCAAAAGAAAAAAUGUUAAAUUUUCACAAAUAGUUGUCCACGGCGGAUUGAUCGCUAUUUACACAUUUAUUUUUUGGGUUCAGUUUUAUGGUACUGUAUUCUAUACGAGAAACAGACCUUAUUAUCCAUUGGAACAUGCCUUGUACUCGACUCUCUGUCAUUGUACGUGGGCAGUAGCGGGUAUUUGGACGACCAUAAGCUAUUUCACUUCUGGUUACGGUUUACUCAAUAAUGUAUUUAACAAUAGAUUGACUGUAUUUAUGGGGAAACUCUCAUAUUCCGUUAUGUUAUUGAACAUCACCGUUAUGCUAACAUCUCAAAGUUCACAAAGGUUACCCGUUCAUAUGUCGGCAAAAUAUGUGUUUGAUACUUGGCUCUAUGAUUUAUUCAUAUGUUAUCUGGUGGCCAUUAUCAUAUAUUUGAUAGUUGAAGAACCGUUUGCAAAAUUGACUAAAAGACUUCUUUAUCAAAGGAAAAAUACAAAAUCGUCGAUCAAUUUUGGAUCACCUAUUGGAAAACCAACUAUCAGCAACAGUAAUACUGUUAAAGAAGAUUAAAGUUACUUACAAUAGGUGAAUUGAAUUAAUUAUUAUAAAAGCGUUAUACUUGUGUUUUAUCUAUAUUACUGACACAUAGCAUGACAAAAUGUACGUUAAGAAAAUUCCUAUGAAUAUAGAUCAUAACUUUCUUAGAAAUUAAAAUAUAAAAAAACCUAAGUGGUGCAAGGGCGGCAAAUAAGGAAAAAAUCAUAAAAGUUGCACUUUAUAGUUUUUUCUGAUAGUUAUUGGUAUAUUUUUGUCUAUUCACUUCUUGUCAUGUAAGAAAUAUAUUGUCAGUGUUUAAUUUUAAAAAUAAUCUUAUUUGUCGUUAUUAGUGUUUAUAAUAUUUCAAAAUUGCAUUCUACUUAGUUUUCAUAUUAUAGAUACACCGUUCUUUUAACGGUUUUUUCUUUUUAUUAUUUAUACUUUUAAUUAUUUAUAUCAUUUGUAGUUAAUUUUUGUCAUAGCUAUAUGAUAUAUAAACUAUUUAAUAUAACACAUUAACACACGGAAAUAUUUAUUUGUUUUUAUAAUCCAACUUUUAUUUAACCCCUAGACUUAUUAUUGUAAUUUUUUUUUUGUUCAAUAUUUUUUAUCAUUAUUUAUUUUCAAUAAAGUACGCUUAAUUUCAUAC